CAUGGUUGAAAUAGUUUUGUUUACAAAAUGGAUGAAUUUAAAGCCUGUGACCUGGACUACUUUCCGGAAAACAUUUUAAUUGACGUGUUGGCGUAUCUGAGCGUACGAGAACUGGUCCGAGCCGGAAGAGUGUGUAAGCGAUGGAAGCGGCUCGUGAAGGACCAACGGCUCUGGCGGUUUGUCGAUCUGACCGCGUGGAAAGGGGUGACAUCCCGCAUACUCUGGCUCCUGCUGCGUCAGUACCUGGGUUGUGGACUAAGGUGUCUGCGGUUGCGUGGUUUGCUGCUGUCUGCCAGAGGCGGCACCUUUCUCUCUGAGUCGUGGCUCAAAGCCUUGUCCACCAAGUGCCCCCGCCUCAGCAAGCUGUAUCUCCUGCACGCUGACUUGCGCGGCCUCCCCAGUUGCCAGCUCCUACCCGCGUCUUUGCAGGUGCUGGAGCUGCGUGGCUGCGAGCUGCCUCGUGAAUUUUUCAACCAGACUCUGGCUCCACCCGCCCGUUCCCACGAAAGGGCAGAAGCCACAUCCAGUGCUGGCGCUGUGCAGCCAGGGAGGCAGCGGAAAGGGAAGGCGCCCGGCUCUCUGUCCGGCAUUGGUAUUGGGAGGUUAGUCCUUAAUAACGUGCCCUCUUUCACGGACCAGCAUCUGCAGAGUCUGACAUCGUGGGAGCGGCUCAGUCGCUUGGAGCUGCGCGACACCUUUCGCGUGACUGCCAACGGCCUGAGGAGCUGUGCUGCCAAGAGCGGCGUCUGUGAGGUGGAAGGCCUUUCCAGGCUCAAGUUCCUGGAGAUAGGCAUCACUGGGCGGCAAGGUUACCAGUUACAGAUGGCCUCCCUCGGGCUGGGCGCCGGAUGGCUGGGGCUGGAGGAACUGAGCCUGGGGGGUAAAGAGGUGGGGCCGGGCUUGCUCUGUGCCAGCCGCCUGAAGGACCUGAAGGGUUUGUGCCUGUGGGCCUGCACACUCAGCGAGAUGCAGGUAGUGCGGAGCUGCAGGAUGCUCCGCGGGCUCAGCCGGAUGGAGUUUUUAGAUGUGACCUUUCAGCCUAAGCAGUGCCCACCAGUCCUGGAGGGGGAGGGGGGCGGUAGUGGAGAAGAGGAGAACAAUGAAGACGCUGCAGGUGCCGAAAACAGCAACGAUGAGAACAACACAGUAGACAUGAACAAUCCCAUUCCAAGUUUGCGCCGCUCACUGGCCGUCCUGCUGCCAUCCUGCACACUAGUUUUCACCAAUUGCUCCGUUCAGAUAAGUGCAGACUAAACCUGGUCUCUACUUCUGGUAAAUGCAGAAUGGCCAUCCCUCAUGGCUACCAGAUAUCUCUAAUUCAUCAGUCUUUUGUGGAUGUGAAUCAGAUAUUUACACCUUUUAUGUCAGCAACAUUUUUAAAAAAAGGAGCUAUACUGUAUAAAAACUGGGAGAAAUCAGAAUACUUUUAAGACCGUUUUCUCAUGAAUUUUCUGAAAAACUCAACAGCCAAAGCAGUAUUUUUUUCAACCGUUAUCUUUAGGAGGCUUGGCUGGUUAAUAAUUACAUUUUUACAUAAUAUUCAGCACCAUACAUUUUUUUAUGUCUGUAAUUUUGGUAUUGAAAAUAUAGUUUCAAAAAUUUCUUCACUCUUGAAUUAAAGCUUAAUGUUAGUGGUGCUAAAUAUUGUGAUGUAGCACAGUUUUACUCCAUGUAUGAAAUAACCAGGCAUGAUGUAUAUUUGGCUAUUUCAGCAAAUGAAAAAACACCAAAUGACUAUCACACUGAGGAGGAAUCCUCUUGCCUCAAUGCGACCUUGCUGUUGGAUUUGCAGCAUUCCAUCAUACAUUUUACAGACGCUUUGGAAAACUGUAUAUUGUCCCACGGUGUGUGUAUAUAUUGUGUUCAAGUCUUAAGGUUGUUGAUUGGACAGACUCUCUUCGAAAUGUGUCGCUGACACGCAAAGAAAUACUUUUCUCAACAAUAAAAUAAACAAAAUGGAGCAGUCAACGCUCGACUAGAGACGCCAGCAGAUGUCAGUUACUGAAGCACGCUGCUUGCAAUGAGCCACCUGCUUCCUGUUCCUUUACCACAAUCUAUACAUUGAAAAAAUAUUCAUCUGUUUAUGAGCAGGAGUUUGAAUUUGGUGUUACAGAAAGAUAGCACAAUACAGAUUCAAAUGAAUCUUCGGUAUCUUCUUUUUUACUUUUUAGAUUUUCCUUCAUUGUAAAUUGUAAAAUGUCUGUUUAUUGUAUACAUGGAAAAUGUGUCAUUGAUGUGAAUGGAACUCAAGCAAGCCAACCAUUUUCAGUUAACUUCUUAAUUUUAGAAAUAAAGCUAUUUUAAACAAAUA